AUGUUCCUGACGUAUUUUAUUUUUCUCUUAUGUUUGAAUAAUUUUGCACACGGAACUUUUAAAAAACAUUUGAAUAUCUAUGAUCGUUUGAAUAAAUACAAUACAAAACAUCCAAAUAUUUUGGAGAAAGGAGACGAAAGUAACAUUGAAAAUUUCUCGUACGAUUAUUCUGAUCCAUUUGGCCCACGUAAUUGGGGAAGACUCAGCAGAAAUUGCGAUGGCAACCGGCAAAGUCCCAUCAAUCUUCCGCUUGGGAUUUUAAAAUCUCGAAUUGGAAAACCAUUAACCUUCAGUGAUUUUUCAACAACUCCAAAAUCCAUUAAAGUCAUUAAUGAUGGACAUUCUGUCAAAGUCGAGUUUAAUUUCCCAGGGAAUGAUGAAGCUACAAUUUCAGGAGGUCCGCUGGUGGGAAAAUAUAAGAUUGACAAUGUUCAUUGGCAUUGGGGUGAAAAAGAUAAUUGUGGAAGUGAACAUUUACUUAACGGUCGCAGAUUCUCAGCAGAACUUCACAUCGUCACUUAUGAUUCAAGAUACAGUACCAAUUCUAUCAAUGAUGCAGUAGACAAAAGGAAUGGAAUCGCUGUUUUGGGAUUCUUUUAUGAGUUAACCACUAGUAAUAGAGCGUCAGAUUUUCCUUUGACAGACAAGAUUCAGGACGUUAUUGAACCAGAAAGCUCUUGCACAGAAACAUCCGAUGUUUUUACAUUUCGUGAUCUUAUCAAAAGUACAAGAUUUGAUUAUUUGACAUACAAAGGUUCAUUGACAACUCCCACAUGUGAUGAGACCGUUACUUGGAUAGUUUCAACUAAUCCCUUAAAAAUAUCGUCAAAUGAUUUAGGCGAAUUGAGAAAGUUAAGAGAUAAAAGAGGAAAUUUAAUUCUUCGGAAUUACAGACCAAUUCAGAGCUCAAAACUUCGAUUGGUUGAAAGAUAUCGUUCUACUUAA